AAAGCGGUGAACUGUGCGUGUCGGUCCCGCAGCAGCAGCCAUGCAGGCGGCCCAGCUGCAGUACGACUUCUUCAGCGAGGAGAAUGGCCCGAAGUGGAGAGGCCUGCUGGUGUCCUCACUGGAGAAGGUACUGAACCAGGUGCAUCCUAACCUGGUGUCCCAGCAGGAGGCGCUGCAGUACAUCGAGGAGCUGAUCCUGCUGCUGCUCAGCAUGCUGUGUCAGGCUCAGCCUCGCACUGUACAGGAUGUGGAGGAGCGCGUGCAGAAGAGUUUUCCUCACCCGAUCGAUAAGUGGGCGAUCGCUGACGCUCAGGCUGCCAUCGAGAAGAGGAAGAGGAGGAACCCUCUGGCCCUGCCCGUAGACAAGAUCCACCCGCUACUCAAGGAGGUGCUGGGCUAUAAGAUCGACCACCAGGUGUCUGUCUACAUGGUGGCCGUGUUGGAGUACAUCUCUGCUGACAUCCUCAAACUGGCAGGAAACUACGUCAGGAACAUUCGGCACUACGAGAUCUCGCAGCAGGACAUCACCGUGGCCAUGUGUGCUGACAAGGUGCUGAUGGACAUGUUCCACCAGGAUGAGGAAGACAUCAGUGGCUUCCCUCUGAUGGACGAGGAGCCGUCAGCCAAUGAGGAGCAGAGUUACUACGAGCUGGUGCGGAGCUUCAUGUCUGAGGGCCGCCAGUACCUGAGAACUCUCAACCUGCUGAUCAAGGUGUUCAGAGAGCCAAUCAGCUGCAGCCACAGGCUCUUCUCCCAGCACGAUGUGGACAGUAUCUUUAGCCGGAUCGUAGAUAUCCAUGAGGUGACGGUGAAGCUGUUGGGUCUGAUCGAGGACACGGUGGAGAUGACGGACGAAGGGAGUCCUCAUCCUCUGGUGGGGAGCUGCUUCGAGGACCUGGCGGAGGAGUUGGCCUUUGACCCUUAUGAGACGUACGCUCAGGACACCCUGCGCUCUGGUUUCCAUGAACACUUCCUGAGUCAGGUGUCCAAACCGGGAGCUGCCUUCCACCUGCAGUCCAUCUGUGAAGGUUUUAAAGAAGCUGUUCAGUACGUUCUGCCCAGACUGCUGCUCACUCCUGUUUACCACUGUCUGCACCUCUUCGAGAUCCUCAAGCAACUGGAGGAGAAGAGUGAGGAUGAGGAGGACAAAGAGUGUCUGAAACAGGCCAUCACCGCUCUGCUCAACCUGCAGAGCAGCAUAGAGAGGAUCUGCUCCCGCAGCCUGGCUAAGAGGAGGCUCAGCGAGUCCGCGUGCCGUUUCUACAGCCACCAGAUGAAGGGGAAGCACCUGGCCAUCAGGAAGAUGAACGAGAUCCAGAAGAACAUCGACGGCUGGGAGGGGAAGGACAUCGGCCAGUGCUGCAAUGAGUUCAUCAUGGAGGGUACGCUGACGCGCGUCGGCGCCAAGCACGAGCGCCACAUCUUCCUGUUCGACGGCCUGAUGAUCUGCUGCAAGUCCAACCACGGGCCGCCGCGGCUGCCCGGCGCCGGCUCGGCCGCCGAGUACCGCCUCAAAGAGAAGUUCUUCAUGCGCAAAGUCCAGAUCAAUGACAAAGAUGACAAGGAGGGAGAGUACCGCCACGCCUUUGAGAUUAUCCUGAAGGACGGCAACAGCGUGGUGUUCGCCGCCAAGUCUGCCGAGGAGAAGAGCGGCUGGAUGGCGGCGCUGAUCUCACUGCAGUACCGCAGCACGCUGGAGCGCAUGCUGGACUCGGCCAUGCUGCAGGAGGACAAGGAGCAAACGGUGAGGCUGCCCGGCGCCGAGCUGUACCGCUUCGCCCAGCCCGACUCCGAGCAGAACGUCGUGUUCGAGGACAGCGUCCAAUCCAAGUCUGGGAUCCCCAUCGUCAAGGCCGGGACGGUGCUGAAGCUGAUCGAGAGACUCACCUUCCACAUGUACGCAGACCCAAACUUUGUGCGAACGUUUCUGACGACAUACCGGUCCUUCUGUAAACCUCAGGAGCUGCUGGACCUGCUCAUGGAGAGGUUUGAGAUCCCAGAGCCGCGGCCCAGCGAGGCGGAUCAGAUGGAGGGAGGAGAGCAGCCGAUCAGCGCAGAACUCAAACGCUUCCGCAAAGAGUUCGUCCAGCCGGUCCAGCUCCGAGUGCUAAACGUGUGUCGUCACUGGGUGGAGCAUCACUUCUACGACUUUGAGAGAGACGCUCACCUGCUGAGACGCCUGGAGGAGUUCAUCGCCUCCGUCAGAGGUAAAGCGAUGAGGAAGUGGGUAGAGUCGAUCACUAAGAUCAUCCAGAGGAAGAAGCAGGUUCAGGUGAGCGUGGCAAGCCACAGCAUCACCUUCCAGAACGCUCCGCCUCCCUUCGAGUGGCACAUCUGCAAACCAGGAGGCAGCGAGGCCUUCGACCUGAUGACGCUGCACCCCAUCGAGGUCGGCCGCCAGCUCACGCUGCUCGAGUCCGACUUCUACAGGGCGGUGCAGCCGUCAGAGCUGGUCGGCAGCGUCUGGACCAAAGAGGAUAAAGAGAUCCACUCUCCCAACCUGCUGAGGAUGAUCCGGCACACUACCAACCUCACGCUGUGGCUCGAGAAGUGUAUCGUAGAAACCGAGAACCUGGAAGAACGAGUCGCCGUGGUGUCUCGGAUCAUCGAGAUCCUGCAGGUUUUUCAGGAACUUAACAACUUUAACGGCGUUCUAGAGGUCGUCAGCGCCAUGAACUCAUCUCCGGUCUACAGACUGGACCACACCUUCGAGCAAAUCCCGAGUCGUCAGAGAAAGAUCCUGGAGGAAGCUCACGAGCUGAGUGAAGAUCACUACAAGAAGUAUUUAGCCAAGCUGCGCUCCAUCAAUCCCCCCUGUGUGCCCUUCUUUGGAAUCUACCUGACCAACAUCCUGAAGACGGAGGAGGGUAACCCCGACUUCCUGCGCCGACACGGCAAAGAACUGAUCAACUUCAGCAAGAGAAGGAAAGUGGCCGAGAUCACCGGAGAGAUCCAACAGUACCAGAACCAGCCAUACUGCCUGAGGGUGGAGGGAGACAUCAGGAAGUUCUUUGAGAACCUGAACCCAAUGGAGGACAUGUCGGAGAAAGACUUUGCUGAUCAUCUGUUCAACAAAUCUCUGGAGAUUGAACCUCGAAACGCCCGGUCCUUACCUCGAUUUGUGAAGAGGUACACGUGUCCUCUGAAGUCUCCGGGGAUCCGUCCGACCUCGGCGAGGCCCGGGACCAUGCGCCACCCGACGCCGCUGCAGAACGAGCCCAGGAAGAUCAGCUACAGCCGCAUCCCGGACAGCGAGGCAGAGGGGGGGGCUGUCUCCGCCCCCAACUCCCCCCGCACCCCGCUGACUCCGCCCCCAGCCUCAGCCGCCUCCAGCUCCACAGACGUAGGCAGCGUGUUCGACUCGCCGCAGGCUCCCAGCAGCCCCUUCCACUCCACCUGCGAAAGUAUCUUCUCUGUUCCUCACGGGCCACGGUCGUCCUCGGUCUCCUCCAUGGUGAGUUUCAGUCGGGCUUCUGAGGACGUUCAGGUUCCUCCUCCUGUUCCUCCUCGCAGGCGUCCAGAGUCGGCUCCCGCUGAGUCCUCGCCCUCAAAGAUGAUGUCACAGUUGGACAGCCCCCCUGCCGUCCCCCCUCGCCAGCCCACCUGUAAGCUCCUCCCCCCUCGUUACUCCUCGUCCCUGUCCUCCUCCCCCCCCGACAGUCCCCCCUCGCUGCCUCCUCGGGAACCCGUCAGCUCUCCUCUGCACCUUCUGCCCCCCCCUCAGGGCCGCCCCCCCCACUGUGACCUGCAGGCCUUCUUCCCCUCCUCCCCCCCUCUGCCCCCUCCAACACCCAUCACCCCCACCCCCCCAUCCAGAAAGACAACCCUCCCUCUCCUGCCCCUGGACGGCCCCCCCGUGCCCCCCCGACACAGCGUCCCUAAACUUCCCCCCAAGACGUACAAGAGGGAGUCUCUGAGCCACGCUCCGCCGCUGCUGGACACGCCCCCCGCGCUGGAGGAGGCAGGGCUCUGAGCUGAUUGGACAAGCUGGAGGGGGCCGGGCUCUGAGCUGAUUGGACAGGCUGGAGGGGGCGGGCUCUGAGCUGAUUGGACAGGCUGGAGGGGGCAAGGCUCUGAGCUGAUUGUACAGGCUGGAGGGGCCGGGCUCUGAGCUGAUUGUACAGGCUGGAGGGGGCGGGCUCUGAGCUGAUUGGACAGGCUGGAGGGGGCUGGCUCUGAGCUGAUUGGAGGGGCAAGGCUCUGAGCUGAUUGGACAGGCUGAAGGGGGCAAGGCUCUGAGCUGAUUGGAGGC